AUGACGAAGAACGGCGUAUCUGGUCUAGAAACUAUUGAUUCAAUCGACGACUUGUCCUCGUGGGAAUUCGUUAGCCCAUCUCAAUCCGACGAUGAAGAAGAACUGUACUCCUUCGACGACGUCGCUUACUCCGCCGUGGAGUCCGAACAAGAAGGGCCGACGCUUGACCCUCACCCUCCGUCACAUGAUGACACCAUCUUCAUGGAAUCUCUCUCAGUCUCACCACCUCCAUUGACUCUACACGUUGAUUUUACUCAUCAGGUGUAUCAUGAUGAUAGUGAAUAUGAUGAUGAAAAUGAAGGAUCGGGAUUGGAUGAUGAAUUGGUGCCAUUGAAACUGAAGAACAGGUUCGGGAAGCAGAGGAUAAGGAAGAUAGGGAAGAGGGGCGGGACAAGGAUCAACAAAUCAAAGAAGGUGUCUUAUUACUAUAAUAGGCCUGGCUGUGUGUAUGGCAAGCAUGGACUUGGUGUGCAGCUCUGCUUUAUCUAG